AUGAAUGUGGAAGUAGCAGAUGCACGUAAGAGACGUUCACUGAUUUCUGACUUUGCGACUGCACCCGCACCACCUGUCUUCGCAGCACCGAUUCGGUCGAAUUCAUCAGUUGGUGAUGUGGUUUUGGAGGCGCAACGAAUGAAUCCAAUGCGAGAGUUGAUUUCAUCGGCGAGUGAAGAGAGUAUUGAGAAGAAGAAAAACUCAAUAACGGAUCGAUUGGAGGUGGUCGAAAAAGAGAAGAAACAUUUAGACAUACAACUGACGAACAUUCAGCGCAAAAAGGAGCAACACGAUAGUGAACUGGCAAAAUUGUCGAAAUUGGGUGAUGAAAAGGAAGCCGAGCAAGACAGCGAAGAGUUUGCUGACGAAAGUACAAUGAGUUUGGUGGAGAGGAUCUAUGCUGAGAAUCGUAAAAAAGCCGCCGAAUCGCAUGCGAAUGCGAAAAAUACACCUGGUUUACCUCCAUUAUUAGCCGGAAGUGUGCCGUUGUAUCAACAUCCAUCGGAUUGUCCGUUGGUGCAAGAAACAAUGGAACGAUACAAAAAAGUGAAACCUUUAUUGGUGGAAAUGUUAAUUGAAAAAGGCAAAAAAGAGGCAUUCGCGCAAAAGUAUCAAACUGAAAAAUAUAAUGUGAUGUAUGCGGAAUGGUUAGCAAAAGACGAGCGAUAUUGUAAAAGUCAGAAGAAGAUGGCUCGAGAUGAGAAACAUCGUGAAAUAUUCGAGAGGACAUUUCCCGAGCUGAAGAAAGCACGUGAAGAGCGUGAACGUAACAGUCGAAACAACGGUAACGGUGACGGAAAUGGGACGAGAAAAACUGAAGCUGAGGAGGAAGACGAGAAGAAACGACGUGCGGCAGCCGCACUUCCACCGAUGAUGUUGAGU